AUGUCCUCGACAAUUGAUAACCUUUUUGGUUCUGUUGAAAAUGUUGACUCGAACGUCAGUAAACUUUUCAGUACAUCAACAGGGCCAGUACGCGAGGGCCAGAUAAAGACAAAAGGCAGAACUGUCUUGCCGGAUGUGAUCGGAGCUCAAAGAGACGAUGAACAAUCAGAAAAGUCAGAGGGGCAGUCCGAUGAACAGUCUGAUGAGGCUGCAAAAGAGAAAUCAGGGAAUGAAAGCGAAUCCAUCGUAGGUAAAGCAGAAGAUCUCGAGGAACCGGCAAAGAAGAAACACAAGAGACCCUCUAAAAAUGAUGAGGAUGAUCAAUUGGAGGAACGUUAUUUUUCGAAACUGCUGGACGAUGCUGAGGAAGAGGAGAAACUGCCUGCAAAGGAUGGAUUGAAAAAAGAUGUGACUAGCAAAGCUAAAAAAAUCGAUCUUAAGGAGGAUGAGCUCGAGAAAGCGGAGAGAACACUUUUCGUCGGAAAUCUUUCCAAUAAUGUUAUCACCUCCAAAGACGCUUACAAAAAAUUCAAGAAACUAUUCAGUACCAACCCCGAAAAGAAAGACGAUGAUGGCGAUGAUGAUAAAAAACAUGUUAUAUCAAGUAUAAGGUUUAGAUCUAUUUCAUUCGAAGAAGCAUUGCCAAGGAAGGUAGCAUUCGCUCAAAGUAAACUACACAAGUCAAGGGACUCAGUUAACGCCUACAUCGUUUACAACAAUCCAAAUGUUGUAAAGCAGACGUGUAAAAAAUUGAACGGUCAUGAAUUUAUGUCGCGUCACUUGAGGGUUGAUUCUGUCACCCAUCCGGCACCUCAUGAUAAUAAGAGGUCGAUUUUUGUUGGAAAUCUGGAUUUUGAGGAAGACGAAGAAAGUCUCUGGUUGCAUUUCAAGUCUUGUGGUGAUAUCGAGUAUGUUAGAAUCGUUAGAGAUGCAAAAACAAACGUCGGCAAAGGCUUUGCAUACGUACAAUUCGAAGAUUUCCAAUGUGUUAACAAAGCACUGCUGUUAAACGAUAAACCGAUGAAAUCUGUGAAGACCAAUGGUAAGAGUAGAAAAUUGCGUAUUUCCCGUUGUAAAAAUAUUAGGAAACAAAACACUGAUGGUGUUAAAGCAAGAGCCGUUGAUUCCAGCUUACACGACAGUCAAAAAACAAAAAUCGGUAGAGCUAAGAAGAUUCUAGGUAAAGCUGAUAAAGCAACAGUGGGUCAACAAAUUACAAUAGAAGGUUUGAGAGCCAAAAAAAGCGACGGCUCGAGUAAUUCGAUCUUAAAAAGGAAAAAACAAAGAUCCAAGACUGGAAGAGUAACAAAACGUUCUCAAGCAUUCAGGAAAUCCCAAGCCUCCUCCAAGUAA